UAAAGCCUUUUAAUACUCAGUAGCGAUCAAACUUCAUUGCAAAAUUAUUAUUUGUUAUUGUUUCCAAGAUAUUAAAUGUCUUAAGAUGCGUUCAGCGUAGAAUUUCUAACGUGUAAUAUAUAUAUAUUCAAAGUUCGGUAUAUAUUCGCCCUUACUUUCACCACAAUCGAAAUAAUAAAUAGUAAGCCAUGAUGAGGGAGUCGGCUCACGAUAUAAGCAUGGACACCUGGAAGCAAUGGAUCCUCGAGGCCAUAUCGAAGAUCAGGUCCCAAAAACAGAGGCCCUCUGUGCAGAGGAUUUGCCAGGCGAUCGGCACUCAUCACAAGUUCCACGAGGACAUUGUUGCCGAGAAACUGGAGAAGGCCGUCGAGUCGGGAGCUGUGAUCAAGGUGUACAACAAGGGAUUGCACUCAUACAAGGCCCCGAUGGCAAAGCGACGCAUUAAGGUGGACAAGAACACCAAUCUGUAUAAGCUGGUGGCCAAGGCUGUCCACGAUCUGGGCGAAUGCGAAGGAUCCACAAUUAAGAGCAUAGAGAACUACAUUCAGAAGUUCAACUGCAUCGACCUGUCGCCCAAUGUGGACUUUAAAGCCGUAAUUAAGGCAUCCAUUAAAAAGGCGGUGGACGCCGGCUUUCUGAUCCAGGAAGGAAAGCUCUACAAAAAGGGUAAAUCUCUGACAACGCCUCGAAAAUGCGCCCCUGUCUCGGAUGUGAUUAUGAAGGGCGAGGAGAGCUGCACCCACUGCUCGGGGAACUCGCAAAAGAACCUUAACGGAAUCCCAGAGCCAUUAAGUUCCUGCAAGCAGUGCGGGAUUUCUCUGCACACCACCUGCGCUAAUAUUGCCGGCAGAUGCAAAUCCCAAUCCUACGUACUGCUUUACAUGCUUGUCACCAAGGGCACAAUUUGGGAUUGCCAGAAUUGCGCUGAUUGCGCCGUCUGCAAAAUGCGCAACCGUGGACCCUGCCUGCUGCAGUGCUUCGUGUGCAAGGACCACUUUCACUUAACAUGUCUCGAUACAAUUCCAGACAAGAAGCCCAAGCACCCAUACAGGUGUAAAACAUGCUCCAAACAAAGCAUAGAUAAUCCGAAGUUAAUUAAAAAAGACAGUACAAGGAUAAAAAUGGAAAUUGGCAAUGAGAGAAUGACCCCCUCCGAUAAAUAUGCCUCCAAUAAGCGGCAAAGCAUUAAGAAGGAGUGCAAUAUCGAUAGUCCAUCGACCUCAAAACUUUGCGUUUACAAUGAUGGCAAUGGCCAGAGGAGAAAAAUGUCCGCCAGCCUGAGCUCGAGAAAACUAAACGACAGUGAGGACCAGUUCGAGUUCCCCGGCAAGCAGAAGAGGUCGCAGAUAUUACAGGGAGGCUACCUUGCUAGCCAAGAAACGCGCAAGCGAACUUUUUCGGAUCUUUCUUCCACAAGUUCGUCCAGCGAAAGCGAAGAUGACGAUGAUGAGGACGACGACAGAAACAGGAAUGGUGAUGACAACGAUCAGGACGAGAGCACUUCCUCGGAUUCGUGCACUUCAUCGAGCUCUGACUCGGACUCCAGCGAGAGCUCCAGCGACAGUUCCGAAUGUGAUGACGAAAACGACGAGGAGGACUAUGAUACCGAUCGCAGCACGCUGAAGGGAAAGAUCUUCGAGAAUGAGAAACAAAGUUGCGCUAAACUUGAUGGCCUAGGCUCGCCGAAUACUAAUGAAGUGGCUAGUGAGAACUGGGGGUUCGCCGCCGUGGCGAAAAACCCCAUCGACAUAUUUGUAAAAUCAAAAAAUAACACAAGUGCCAAGAGCAUUGGAUAUUCAAAGCCAGCAGCGAGCACGUUUGCCACGUCCCCUGCCGCAAAUCGGACGACAAAGAGCACGCCAGUAGCUGCUUCUACUCCAGACAAAAAUUCUACAUCCAUUGGCGGCAUGACCAUAAAGCGACAGAUUCCAAAUGGGCAGAAGAAAAAAAUUGUGCCCUUGAAAAGUAUGCCGCUAGAAGCAGGCAAGUCGUACGAAAAGUGCGAGGAUGACAUUCCGUAUCUAACAGAGGAAACUGUUAUGAAAGUUCAACUUCUGGAGGAGAUUGAAAGGAGCAGGGAAAACCACAGCGACGCUGAUGGCAAACAAGAAACUAAUAAUGACGAAGAUGUGGCUGGGGAAAACACUAAACGGGCCAAUCCCUUUGAGAAUCAGCCACUGCCGCCUGGCGUAACCGCCACGGAUGUGGAAUUAUAUCAAGAGGUUCUCCACAAGGCCGUCGUUCAAAUGUCCAAUAAUCAUAUUGAAAAAGUAAAUGAUAUCAACCUAAAGCCCGGACAGAACACCCAGAGUCCCAAAUCGAUCCAAAUAGGAAAGUGGGACAUUGAAACCUGGUACUCCAGCCCCUUUCCGCAGGAGUACGCCAGGCUACUGAAACUGUUCUUGUGCGAAUUCUGCCUGAAGUACACAAAGAGUCGUUCUGUUCUCGACAGACAUCAGAACAAGUGCAUUUGGAAGCAGCCGCCAGGUACUGAAAUAUUCAGACAGGGCAACAUAUCAGUCUUUGAAGUGGAUGGCAACGUUAACAAAAUAUAUUGCCAAAACUUAUGCCUGCUGGCCAAGUUCUUUCUCGAUCACAAAACACUUUACUACGACGUGGAACCUUUUCUCUUCUAUAUUUUAACCAAAAAUGAUCAAAGCGGAUGUCAUCUGGUUGGCUACUUCUCGAAGGAAAAGCACUGCACUCAAAAGUACAAUGUGUCUUGCAUCCUAACGAUGCCGCAAUACCAAAGGCAAGGGUACGGAAGGUUUCUGAUCGACUUUAGCUACCUGUUAAGCCGCGAGGAGGGACAGUUGGGUACUCCGGAGAAGCCGCUUUCGGAUCUGGGACGCCUUUCGUAUUUUUCCUACUGGAAAUCCGUUGUGUUGGAGUACUUGUACAAGUAUCGUAACCACACAAAAAUCACUUUUAAGGAUAUUGCAAUUAAAACUGGUUUGGCUAUUUCCGACAUUGCUCUGGCCUUCGAAUUGUUAAACUUCAUUAAGUUGAGGAAAAACGAUGGAGACAUAAGAUAUCAGAUUAAUGUGAAAAUCGACUGGAAGAAAGUUGUGGCUCACCAUAAUAAAAUGGCAAACAGCAAAACUCGAAUAAUUAUAGAAGCAGAUUGCUUAAGAUGGAGUCCACUUCUGUCGGUUUCGAAAUUACCCAACAUAAUCAAACCAAUUUCGAAUCGUGAAUAUUUGAACAACCAAAUUGAGAAAAAAUCAGAUUUAAAGGAAAUCUGUGAAGAUAAUAAGGUUAUAGUUAAGCAAAAUGUGCCGAUCACCCCGAAGUUGAAUCAGGACACUCCCGAGUUCCCGAUAAAAAAUCGUGGUUCCAGCUCUGAAAAGUUGUUGGACGAGAGGGAAAAUCAACGAAAACGUGCAUGCCCUGAAGAGUUCUUAAAAUCGGCUCCGAAUGAGGCAAAAAAAUUGAAGGUGAAUGCAGCUCAGCCGCCCCUUGAGGAGCAGUCAUUUGGUGAGCACUCCGACUCAUCUGACUGUAAAUCUUCUAAAGAACUGUCGGAGCAGUUGACCAAAAGGGCCCAACGUUUGGCCAAACGCAACGACUUAAUCCCCCACACAAACAAACGGAAGCAUUUCGACCGGCCGCUGGAAAGCAAUGCGAUCUUAACCGACCAUAAUCCACCGAUUCAAAGUCAAUCGGAGAUUUCAGGAGUCGAAAGGGGCCCCAAGUUGGAUGAAACAGUUAUCAGCAAGAUCGUUGUGGAAAAAGAGCACGUCGACAAGCCGGUGAACAUUGUACCCAAACUAAGGGGUAAACAGUCCAAUGGUAAACGCUCGGAUGAGACUCAGUUCAAUGGAAGUACCACAUCAGAACCUGCCGAAGUAACGCCGAUUAGUCCAGUGAAGGAACCCACUAAAGAGUUGACUACGGUGGCAAAAAUCGAGAGCCCAGAAAAAAGCAAAGAAUCGACCAAGAACGAGAGUGAGGCUAACAACAUAAGUGACCAAGUGCUCGAUGCAGUGGCCAAGAAAACUAAGAAGACGUUGUUCUCCGAAGCAACUUCGUACAACACUGAAGAUGUCAAGCAUAGUACCCAGGAAAAGCCGGUGGUAAGCACACCCGAGGUGAAAGAAACCCCAAAAGAGGUUGACAUUAAGGAGGUCAAACCACUUGAAGUUCCUGAACAGAAGCCCAAGCCGAAGACUCCCGAAAAAGCGGAACCCGUUGUGGUGGCUGCUCAGCCCGUUUUAGAACAGGUAACGGCUCCUGUCAAUACGGAGAAAGUUAAGAAUUGCGCAGAGGAAAAGAAACUGGAGCUGGAUGUGAACUACUUAAAGUUUUCACCCGACUCUUCGGCACUUGCGCCAGCAUUGCCCAUUCCGAAGUCAUUGCCCGAGGUUCCCGCGCCAAGUGUCCAUAAAGAAAAAGUUAAAGAAACUGGGCCGGCUCAACCUAUUGAAACCACGCAAAAGACGUCAGAACUGGAAAGCGUCAAGAAAGCCGAACCCGCUGCGACUUAUCCGCCAUUGAUCCGUGCGGAUGUUCCUUCCCUUGUGGGGCAACCACAACAGCAACCGGUGAAGGAAAAGAUCUCACCAGAAAAACCAAUCUUGCAACCAAUAAUUAAGGAAAAUGUGGAAAUUAAAGAUAAGGCAAUUAAGAAAGCAGUACCGGAAGUUCCAGUUGUUAAGCCGGAAAUGAACAGCGGCGAAAGGAAAUACGAUGCGAGCAAGAUAAAAGUGGUACCCGAAAAGGAAGUCAUUAAAUCGGACCAACAACUAGUGCAGGUUAAGGAGGAAGAAAAAACGAAUGCAAGGGCACCCUCGGCUCCCAUUCCCAUUCGGGACAAGAUCCAACUGAAGAGCAACGAGCACGCUCAGUUGCAGAACCCCAUUCCCUCCCAGUUUCCGCCCCACCAGGUGCCCAACUAUCACACCUCGCAGUACUGGCAGUGGGAAUACUACGGCUACAAUCUCUCACACCUGGACCCCGCUGCGCAAAAGGGACAGAAGCAGUUUCACAAGGAUCUGGCCACGACCAUGGCCUACACGCACAACUUCACGCAAAACCUCUACCAGUCCGCCAACCUGGCCAUGCAGCAUGCCCAUCACCAGAUGCAUCAGACCAAGGAAAAGCAUAAGGUUGAACGCAAGAACAGCGGCAAAAAGGAGGAGCAGCCGAAGGUCGUGUCCAGUGUCAAUGUGGUCAGCACUGCUCGCGAGGAUGUCCAUGUCCAGCAUUGCAAUGAGUAUGUGGCCAACAACCAGGCGGCCAUUUACAAUCAAAAAUGCGCCACUCAACAGAAGCAGGCACAGCAAAUGAAGUCCCUGGCCAAUGUCCAGAAUCCUGUGCCUCGACAGAGCAACCCCAACCCGGCUGAAUCGACUGUUCUUAUACCCAAUCCAGUAAAUCCCCAGUCAGGAGCUGUGCCCGCCAAGCAGAAAGUCGAGCAUAGCGUCAAUUCGGCAUCGGUCAUUUCGCGCGAGGGAAAGCACAAUAAGAUUGGUCUCCCCAACAUUCACGCCACUUCCCAGCAUGGUAAUCUUCAAGUGGGCGGUGGCCAAUCCGACGUUAAUCCGAAUCUGGUUUAUAACACGGAAUCAUCGUCAAACGCGGCUAUGCAGCACUACGAUUGCGGAAUAAGUGCGCAGAUAAACAUGGACUCUCCGGCAAACAUUGGGACGGCCAUCGCUCACGGUUCCCAGGAAAUCGCAGCCACAUCCAAUGUCCACAUGCAUCAGCCGCAUAGACAGUUCUCUGACUGCUCCAUGCAGAAUCAACCAGUUACCACGCCCAUGCACAUGUCCAUCCAGAACUCCCACAUGCAGCAACAGAACAAUCUGAAUAUGAAUCUGGCGCCGGAGGGUUCGCCAAACAUAAAUCUCCUCAGCAAUCCACAGCACCAGCAUCAGAGCAGGAAGUUAAACGCCCAGGCGGACAUAGCAGUUAGUUCGCCGACACCUUCUCACAGAGCCACCACGCCCAAACAAAUUCGCAGCGGAAACACGGCCCAGCAACGUGACGCUAAAAACGCGGCGCCGGCAACAACCACAACGAAUACUCAUCAUCAGAUUUCCCAGGGCGGUGCCACGGCAAAUAUUUCCAAAUCACACCACGAUACGUUGCACAACCUGCAGUUCUCGCAGCACGGACACCAGCAGAAUAUGCAGCCGAUCGAUUAUGUGCCCAUUCCGCAACUCAGCCAGAAUUUUUCGACCAAUCCCUCGAACUAUGACAUUAUGCCGGCAGUGAUUCAGCAGCGAAUGUCGCUGAACAGUUCCGUGCACUCGCUGGCCAACACCCACCAGCGCCUCGAGCAGCCUUCGUCGGCGUGUGCCGUCAACAAUUUCUACUUGCAAAACAACAUGCCCACUGCCGAGAAUACGCCGCGGGUGCCAGUCUCCAGCUCUCUGGGUGGUCCGCCAACGGCGGGAAACAAUGACCAGCGGCAGGCGGGUCAGGAUUCGAUUUCCGCGGCCAAUAGCACCGGCGCAACAGCUUCGCUGGCGGGCAAUCUGUGCAGCCUGUCCAAGCUGCAACAGCUCACAAACUGCCUAGAAAGUCAGCCGUGCAACACGUCGCCGGGAGCGCAGGUGAAUCUGGCCCCGUCGCCGCACCACCCUAUUCCCCCGAACUCGAUGACGCCGCCCCCGCACCUGCUGAUGCAGAACAGAAACAUCUCCACGCCACCCAACAUGCUGCAGUCGCAGGUGACGCCGCUGCAGUACAAGUACUAUCCGGGCAACAUGAACAUACCGCCGAUUACGUCGGCGCAGAACACGAGCCGGAACACCCGCAACACCCCAUCCGCCCCGGUGCAGCACACCUCGACUCCCAUGGGCAGCGGCAACAACCGAACCACCAAUGUCCACAUCAGCCCGAACCUGAUGGCUCCCUACGGGGCCAUCAACAGCUACCGGAUGUCGCCGCAACAGUCACCGCCCACUGGAAGCUACAGCUCGGGGAGCGAAUACCCCAACUCGCAGAUUCCGAUGCAGAUGAUGAAUAUGCAAUCUCAGUACCAGGAUGCCUGCGUGCUGCAGCGAGCCAAUCCAUCCACUCCGAUGUAUCCCUCUUACUCUUACUUACCUCUCAACGGUUCUAUUCGCAGAUAAUAGAUGCGCACAUUUUAUAUGUUAUUGUAUUGAGUAUGAUUUGUAUAUGAAUGUGUGCUGUAAAUAAAUAUAUAUUACGUCAAUUUAACAAUUCAA